AAAAGUGCGUUAGUUGUGUUCGCGAACAAAAAGCAACUAUUCAAAAACACUAAUUGUGCCUAUAAAAAGAAAAGUGCGUUAGUUGUGUUCGCGAACAAAAAUGCAAAACAAAAAAUCACACUUUUAAAAACGUCUCCAAAAAACUACGGUCGGAGUACAACCAUAAAACCAAAUAGACACUUCCGUCAAAAAAAGCCCAUUCACGUUGAAGUACUUAUGAAAAGAACUGAAUUAGUAAAAGAAUUAAACGG